AUGGGCGCAGCGGGGUCGCGCGAGGUGUGGGUGGUAAUGCCGGACGGCCGCGCGGAGAGCUUCCGCGAGCCAAUCACCGUCGCGCAGCUGCUGGCGCAGCACCCGGGGUAUCUCGUGUCGCAACCUGACCUGCCCGGGAACCCCGUCGAGAAUCACGGUGCGAAUCGCGGGCGGCGGUGGAAUUUGCCAGCGGAAGAGGUGCUGCGGCUCGGGGAGAUGUACGUGCUGCACUCCGCGGAGCUAGCGAGCGUCGAAGACGUGUUUGCUGACGUGGCGAAUCGCGUGCAGACUAGGGGCCAGGCACCGCGGCAGCCGCGCAAGGCUCGCGGAGGCCAUUCGCGCUCCAAGUCCGCCUCUCUCGUCGAUGGCGGUACGCGCGGGGGAACCGAACACCCGGAGUGGCAUGAUGCCGUGAUUACCGCCGCGACUCACGGCGCUGGCGCUGGCGGAAAGCACAAGGGCAACCGACCGCGGAGGACGCGCGCAGCGGCGGGAGAAGGGGCGCGCGCGGAGUCUCAGAGCCCGGAAAACGACACGCGACAGGACGGAGCUGUCUACGCCAACGCAAUCGUUGCGGGUGUAGCCGCGGAAAGCGGCCUCGAGAGCUCCGCGGGCUGCGGCGCCAGAAGCCUUCCCCACAGCCCCUCGUCCUCCUCCUCCCCCCCGCUCUCCCCUUGCCUUUCCCCUCCCCGCGCCCGUCCCGGCCAUCGUCACGCGCGCGGCCUUCCCCCCCGCGUUACGUCGCGUCUGGCGCAAGCGCACGGGCACGGCAGGCGCGCGUCCAUAAGCGCGCUCCCCGUGGAGGGGGGGAGGGGAGGGAAGUCGGGCGGAGAUACGAACAGGCAUUGGGGAGCAGCGAAGGGCGGGUUACCAGGGGAAGGUAAGGGCGGCAGCCAAGCGUGGGACGAGGAAGGGGAGCGUGGGCGCGGAAAGCAUGGGCGGGGGGGAAACGGAAGAAGAGAGCAGACGCGUGGGCGCGCUCAGGCGCAAGCACAUGCGCGCGACUCCCGCGAGAUUGCUGGUGCCGCCUGCAGGAGCGGCGGGUUCAGCGCGGAUAAGGAACUCCCUCACUCUGCUCCCCUCCUGGCGGGCGGCACUGGCGCGGGUGGCACGGGGAGAGAGGCGGGGCAACGAGGGCGGGCGCGGGCAGGAGAGAGGGGGGUGGCGGGGCAGAGUGGGGGGAGGAGGGCGGUGAGGGGAGGGAGGCCAGUGGGGCGCAGUGUAUCCGCGGAGGAGGAGGGGGGACCGAUCGUGAGAGCCAGAAGGGAGGGUUGGAGUGUGGGAGAGGUGUGGGAAGAGAGAAGGGAGGAGGAGGAGGAGGAGGAGGAGGAGGAGGAGGAGGAGGAGGAGGAGGAGGAGGAGGAGGAGGAGGAGGAGGAGGAGGAGGAGGAGGAGGAGGAGGAGGAGGGGGGGGAGGAGGGACGAGGAGGAGGAAGAGGAGGAGGGAGGGAUGAAAGAAGAAGAGGGGGGGGAGCAGCUACAGGCGGAAAGGGAUGGGCGGUUGGGGGUGGCGAACGGAGAGGGGGAAGGCGGAGGGGCAGGUGA